UCUCAAGAAUAAAAAAGAGUGAAGCUUUUUGGUCACGUCAUCAUAACCGGUGGAGAAGUGAAAAAUCAUGAAAUGGGAGUUUGUCGUUUGCUUCAUAACGGAAAGACACGUGUCUCGACUUUCCAUCCCGCCCCUUUCCCUUGGCGCCUUUAGUUAAAACAAAUUUUCUGAGUUUUGUUUUUUCCUUGAAUUAAAUUUUCACCUUUUUCUGGGUUUCCAAACAACCCCUCACGGCUAUUUUCUGGCGCUAUAUAAAUAAGCUGGAGCGGUUACUCUCUUCACAUUUUCAACUAUAAUCAAAACUCGAAUACCAUGGCAUCUCCUUCUGAAUUUGCUAAUCCAAGCUUGAAUGACGAGGAUUCUCCUCUUGAAAUUGCUAAUCUAAGCUUGAAUGACAAGGAUUCUCUUACUGAAAUUGGCGCUCAGAUUUUGAAGGCUGGGGCUAAUGGAGACCUUGAAAAACUUAAGGAGAUCAAACAGAGUUUUGGAGGUAAUAGCAAAACCUUCAAGCUUAUCUGUGAUAUAUACAGUGACGUCUCUACGGGAUGGAGAGUCUUGCAUCUCGCGGCUUCAAUGGGAAAUUUGGAAGUUUGCGAAUUCUUGGUUGAGCACAUCGGAACCUUUGUUGAUGUCCCGAGUUUCAGCGGGGAAACUCCUAUGAUACUAGCUGCGAAAGGGCAACAUGUCCAAGUUGUGGAGUAUCUCAUCCGCAAAACUGCUCUAAUUCAGGUGUCGGAUCAUAAAGGAUUCACUGCAUUGCAUUAUGCAGCUCUAGGAGAUAACAUGGCGCUUAUGGAACUGUUGCUGAAAAAUGAUGCUCCUCUGGAGAUAGAUUCUGUGGAUGGAACACCUUUACAAAUUGCUGCAUCUCGUGGAAAUGUUGAGGCUGUGAAGUUGCUGUUGGAACAUGGCGCAGAGCCAAAUUCAAUAACUUCAGUAGUUGCUAGCUCCCCUCUUAUAGGCGCAAUCAAGUCACGCUCACUUGAAUGCAUGGAGUGCCUGCUUGAGGCUAAGGCUGACCCAGAAAGGUUUACAUAUGGGUUAACUCCUUUGGCAUAUGCAGCAAAAGAAGCCGACACAAAAUUUCUCCAGUGUUUGCUUGAUGCUGGAGCAAGUGCUGAUAUACGUAGCACAGGUAACAAUAAACCUAUUGAGGAUGCAGCUUUGGCAGAUAAUCUUGAAGCUGUUGAAAUUCUGUUUCCAGUGACUAAACCAAUUGAUGAGUAUAAGAAAUGGACUGUCGAUGGCAUAAUGAAGUACAAUCGUUCUGCAAUAUCUAAGAAAAAGAGGGAGGAGCAUAGGAUCCGUUACGUGGAGAUACUAGAAAAUUUAGGCGAGACUGCAAUGAGCAAGGAUGAUUACGUGGCUGCAGCGGAAUGGUAUAGCGAGGCUACCUUUAUGGAUCCAAGCAACCCGAAAUGGCUAUCGAUCCGGAGCAUGUGUUAUUCGCGUACGGGGAAUGGUGUGCAAGCUCUACGCGAUGCUAGGGAAGCCAUGAAACUGAAUCCACACGUAUGCCCCUGCCCCAGACCUCACUAUAAAGUAAAAAAUGAUGGUGCUGAUGUAUGGCAACUAUUCAAGAGGUACCACUUGGCAACCAUUCGCUUCAUCUUGGCUCCCCGGGAAGAGAAAAACAGGGAUGCAUUUAGGGUUGCUUUGUUUGAAUACUUCUCGUUGCUGUAUAUGUCGAGCUGCUCUGCGGAGAUGAUGAUCUUUUUCCAGCACUUUAUGUAGAGGAAUACACCCUACUACCACAUGCACUUUUAUUCUCAGAUACUACUAUAUGCACACUUUUAUUUCGAAUUGCACAUUCAUGCUUGAUUUUCUAUUCUAUAGCUAUAGAUGAAUGUCAUUGUCAA